AUGGCCCAUGUCUCAGAAGAUCCAUUACAGGGAGGACCAUGGACCCUCGUAUAUCCAGACAAUCCCACCCACAAGAGGGAUCAAGAUCACAAAUAUUCUCUCUGGAAGAUUGUCUGGGGUUGCUGUAUGUCUCGUGCCGAGGGAGCAGAUCUGGCUGCCCUUGUGGAGUCUCCAGAGACUCACGAUUCUCUCCAAACUGUCAGUGGCUCGUCAGCUAGUGAUAGUUUCUCCACUGUUGACCUGAACUCUUCUACAAGUGACAUCUCAUUGGAAAGUACUGAGACCCGAGAUGCUCCUAAAGGUGACACCAGCUCCCAGACCGAGAACGCAAAGCUGAGUGCUUUGCAGAAACAACUGGACAUUGAGCGGAAGGUGAAGCAGGGAGCAGAGAAUAUGAUCAACGCAUAUUCCAAUGAUCCUCUUAAAAAUGUCCACCAUAUUGCUGCUGUCCAGGAAAAACUUAAAGACAGCCAGAAUAAAAUAGCCAGUUUGCACAGUCGCAUCCAGUCUCUUAUCAAAGCACGAGGUGCCUGGAAAACGACACAAGAUUGCACAGGGAACGGAAUGACAACUGUCCCGCACCGAAACUCUGGGAAAUCACCUGAACCGGCCAUGCGGCCUAAUUCAGAACGGAACCUGAAGCCUGGGGGAGGCGGCCGAUCUCCCGGCACGGGUCCCGCUCACAAGCGAGCAUCCAACAUGGCCCAGCUACCCCCCCCUUUGGACCGGCGGGGGUUAUCCCGGUCCGCGCUGGGGACGUUUGCCCCUGCAAAUCGGCUUAAUCAAGUGACAAAACCAGCGACCUACCAAGCCUGCCAGGGCCCACGCAAGAUGGCGGCCCGACAGAGACCCGCAACAAGAAGCACCCUCACAAAGCCGCCUGAGAAUGUCCAGGAAUUUUUCCAUAAGCUUUGUACCAACCUAUGGACACAAUCUCGCAUCAGAGGUCGGGCAUUCCAUCUAGUGGUGAAGGAAAUGGCGGCAUGGAUCCGUCCUGCCACCAGACGCCGCCUGGGGAGACACUCACACCGCGCUCCUAGAGCUGCCUCCGGACUGAGUUCGGACCGGAGAGCCGGUUGGCGGGAAAUGCAAGCAGACUCCCCAAACAUCAUCCCUCACCCUCGCACACAACCGAGCGAAACCGCCAAGCACACUCGACCCACUUACCACUCAACGGCUCCAGCAGCCUCCGAACACAGCAGUUUGCAAGCCACAGCAUGCACAGCGAAGCCUACUGCUCGCACCCACGCCAACCGCCGGAAAAAUGAGACCUCAGCCCUCACCCCAGCCUGGCGCAAACUGAAUGUCAAGAAACGGAAAGAAGAACCAUCGUUACCAGCUCCGGAGACGGACAUUAAUACUGCUGCCCCUUCGCUGUUGGUGACGGACACACAGGAGCCAGAGCCGGCUGGCGAUUUUCAAAUCUUCUCUAUGCAACCAGUUGUCCUACCGGAUGUGGAACCUGACUUAGACGCUCCUCCUGCUCCAAGUCAGACAUUUUUAUAUAGCAUUCUGCGUGAGAUUUCGAUUGAUAUUGAGUUCCCGGAUUUCCUGGCUCAGGAUUUUGAAGAAGGCCACGAACAUACCAGCGAUGGCAAAGAAAUGGUUACAAACCCAACACCAGACGUGUGUAUUCGUCUCCGGAUUCCUCUCACCAUGGAGGACUUCAAGCUCCGCUCUGUGCUGGGUAGAGGGACCUUCGGGAAAGUUCUGCUGGCUAAAUACAAGGACACAGGCAACAUGUAUGCCUUGAAAGUAAUAAGAAAAGGAGACAUAGAAUCAUCAUCAAUACUCGAUUGCCUUCUGAUUGAGAAGCGGGUAUUUCAAGCUGUGACCAACAGGCGUCACCCAUUUCUUAUUAACAUGUUUGGGAGUUUCCACACUCAAGAUCACGCCGUUUUUGUGAUGGAAUAUGCUGCUGGGGGCGACCUAAAGACACACCUCAAACGAGGUCCAUUUCCAGAACCCAGAGCUGUAUUUUAUUUGGCCUGUGUCGUCCUGGGACUGGAAUUCUUACACCAACAGAAGAUCAUCCACCGAGACCUGAAAUUAGACAAUAUUGUUCUGGACGACAAAGGGUUCGCGAAGAUCACAGACUUUGGUCUUUGCAAAGAAGGAAUCGGAUACGGAGACACAAUUGGGUCCGCUUGGGGAACACCGCUUUACGCAGCUCCUGAAGUCUUAAUGGGCAAGCCGUACACAAGAGCUGUAGACUGGUGGAGCGCUGGAGUGGUCAGUUAUGCAAUGCUGUCUGGAAAGUUCCCCUUCGACAGCCUUGAUAUAGACAUACUGACUGCGAGUAUCAUCAAAGGAACAUUUCUAUACCCAGAAGGUCUAUCAAGAAAUGCUACUUCGUUAAUAAGACAGGUCCAGACCCUGAUCAUGUACAGCUCUUGUCCCAUAUCUGGUCAUAUGGCUCUCAGGCAUUUCCGAGAUGGUCUGCCACCUUCGUUACUGCCCAACUUAAUACCCAAAUAG